AUGGGGAAAAAGAGAGUGCUUGUCGGUUAUGGUGUCGAUAUUGAUGCGGUUGCAGGUUGGCUUGGCUCAUAUGGAGGCGAAGACAGUGUCAGCGACAUCAGUCGAGGUCUUUGGGCGGGCCACAUUGGAACCCCUCGUGUCUUGAAGUUAUUCGAAAAAUACAACAUCAAAGCAACUUGGUUCAUUCCUGGUCACACUUUGGAUACAUUCCCUGAAGAAUGCGCCAUGGUCCGAGAUGCCGGUCACGAAAUCGGUCUCCACGGCUACUCCCACGAAAACCCAUCCAGUCUUUCAGCCGGGCAGCAGCGUGAUAUCCUUGACAAAACCUACAAUAUGUUGACGGACUUUUGUGGAAAGCCACCACGAGGUAUUGUCGCUCCUUGGUGGGAAGCCAGUGCAGAGAUGGUAGAUCUGCUGUUACAAUAUGGUAUUGAGUACGAUCAUUCCAUGUCCCACGAGGACUGCCAGAUGUAUUGGUUACGAACUGGGGAUACGUGGACGAAAAUCAAUUACGAACAAAAGGCAGAAACUUGGAUGAAGCCUUUGGUCAGGGGAAACACAACCGGUCUUGUCGAGAUCCCCGGCAGUUGGUAUAUUGAUGAUCUGCCUCCGAUGAUGUUUAUAAAGAAUUCAGCCAACAGCCACGGCUGGGUCAACCCGCGAGAUGUUGAAGAUAUUUGGAAGGAUCACUUUGAUUACUUCUACCGAGAGUACGAUGAGUUCGUGUUUCCGAUGACGAUCCAUCCAGACGUUUCUGGUCGACCACACGUGUUACUUAUGCAUGAAAGGCAAGCCUCAUACAUUCCGAUCUCAGGAGUCGAAUGGGUGACUUUUGAACAAAUGUCCGACGAGUUCAAAUCCAAGAAUCAGCCACCCGAGGGUGCAGUUAUGCCUGCUGCUGCUGGGCAAGUAGCCAAAGCCAAAGCAUAG